CCCCGAAUUUCCCUCCCCAGCUGUCGGCGGCGCUGCUCUUCGACGCCGUGCACGUGGUGGUGGGCGCCGUGCGGGAGCUGAACCGCAGCCAGGAGAUCGGGGGGCGGCCGCUGGGCUGCACCGCGCCGGGGAUCUGGCCCCACGACACCAGCCUCAUGAACUACCUGAGGAUGGUGGAGUAUGACGGGCUGACCGGGCGCGUGGAGUUCAACAGCAAAGGGCAGCGCACGAAUUACAGCCUGAGGGUGCUGGAGAAGGGACGGGAUGGACACCGCGAGGUGGGGGUGUGGUUCUCCAACCGGACACUCGCCAUGGACGAGGCCACGCUGGCCCUGAACGCCUCCGACAGCCUGGCCAACAAAACGCUCAUCAUCACCACCAUACUGGAGAACCCGUACGUGAUGCGCGUGUCCGGCGCGUCCGGCCAGGACCGCUUCGAGGGGUUUUGCGUGGACAUGCUGCGGGAGCUGGCGGCGCUGCUCAAGUUCCGUUUCCACAUCAAGCUGGUGGAGGACGGGCUGUACGGCGCCCCCGAGCCCAACGGCUCCUGGACCGGCAUGGUGGGCGAGCUCAUCAACCGGAAAGCCGACCUGGAUCCCUACCCCCAGUUGACCCCCCGCAUUUUUGGGGAUGAUUUUGGGGCGGUCUCAGGGCGGUUUCGGGGUGCCAGCGCGGGGUCUCACUCCGCGUCCCCCCAGGGCCGCAAGCCGGGGUAUUUCUCCUUCCUAGACCCCUUCUCGCCGGCCGUGUGGCUCUUCAUGCUCCUGGCCUACCUGGCCGUCAGCUGCGUGCUCUUCCUGGCCGCCAGCCCCAACAGCCUCUGGUUCCCCGUCGGGGGCUUCCUGCAGCAGGGGGCCGAGGUGCUGCCCCGGGCGCUGUCCACGCGCUGCGUCAGCGGAGUCUGGUGGGCGUUCACCCUCAUCAUCAUCUCGUCGUACACGGCGAACCUGGCGGCGUUCCUGACCGUGCAGCGCAUGGAGGUGCCGGUGGAGUCGGCCGACGACCUCGCCGACCAGACCAACAUCGAGUACGGCACCAUCCACGCCGGCUCCACCAUGACCUUCUUCCAGGUCAGGGCCGUCAGCCAAUCAAUCGAUCAUUUUUUCUGGAUUUCCCCCCAAUUUUCGGGGUCUCUCCCCGCUGUCCCGCCCCUCGUUAUCCCCCCUCUCCCGGCAGGGUCGCCGUUCCGUGACGAGAUCACGCUGGCGAUCCUGCAGCUGCAGGAGAACAACCGGCUGGAGAUCCUCAAGAGGAAGUGGUGGGAAGGGGGGCACUGCCCCAAGGAGGAGGAUCACCGCGCCAAAGGGCUCGGCAUGGAGAACAUCGGCGGCAUCUUCGUGGUGCUGGUGUGCGGGCUGCUGGUGGCCAUCCUGGUGGCCGUCAUGGAGUUCCCAAUGUCCCCAAAUCCCGAUGUCACCAUCCCGAUGUCCCCAAAUCCCUGA